AAAGGGACAGAGAACGGGGGAAAAUGUGUUUGUGUGUUAGAGAUAGACAGAGAGGGCAAUAGAUAAACAUAUAUGAGGAAAAAAAAACAAUUGCAGGGAUCAGAUGACAGUGAGCCAGUGGACAGCAUGUACGACACAGAGGCUGACCUCCUGGGUUUAGCAGCCGGCGGCGGAGGUGGUGCCGACAGCCCAGAAGAUGAUGCAGAAGACGGCAUCAUCAGCAUGUCCCCCCUGCCCUCACCUAUUCCUUCCCAUCCAAACAACAACCACCACCACCUGCUGCACCCUCACAUCUAUGCCACCCACCACCACCACCUUCACAACAACAGCAACAGCAGCAGCAAUGACCAGGACUUCACCACACCCAAGGAGGGCUCGCCCUACGAGGCACCUGUCUACAUUCCAGACGACAUUCCCAUUCCCAGCGAACUAGAGCUGCGGGAGUCCUCUGUGCCCGGUGCAGGUCUGGGUGUUUGGGCCAAGACCCGCAUUGAUGCUGGUGAGAGGUUUGGUCUUCAUAGCACGCUGCAUCAUGGGGCCACGGGCAAAGACAGCUCCUUCGGAUGGGAGCAGAUGAUGAAUGACCAUGAAGAAGCCUCCCCUGACAGCUGCAUCAAAAAGGUGGUGGACGACAUGGGCAACGUCAAGUUUGCACUGGACACAGGCCCGGACGGCACCAGCUGGCUCAAAUACGUCCGCUCCGCCCCGUCAUUUGAGGAGCAAAACCUUGCCGCCUGUCACCUCACUGGAGACCAGAUUUAUUAUAAAGCUGUCCGGGACAUUGAAGCAGGGGAGGAGCUUUUAGUGUAUAUGAAGGACGGGAUUUUCCCCGAGGGAUCCAUGGCACCCAACCUACAAGACGAGCAGAUGUACCGCUGUGAAGACUGUGAUGAGCUGUUCUCCUCAACACUCGAGCUGCGGCGGCACCAGAAGUAUUCAUGCUCCAGUACAGGCUCCAUCUUUGACACACUGAGAGAAGACUUCAAACAGGAACGUGAGGACAGCGACGAACCCGUCCACGAGUGUAAAGACUGUGAGAAGAUCUUCCCAAAUGAGUACAGUCUGGGCCAACACAUGAUAGUCCAUACAGAGGAGAGGGAGUACAAGUGUGACCAGUGCCCCAAAGCCUUCAACUGGAAGUCCAACCUCAUCCGUCACCAGAUGUCACAUGACAGUGGCAAGCGUUUUGAGUGUGAAAACUGUGAUAAGGUACAGCAUACCCGGCACGUGUUCACAGAUCCCAGCAACCUUCAACGCCACAUCCGCUCCCAACACGUGGGGGCACGAGCUCACACAUGUCCUGAGUGUGGCAAGACCUUUGCCACCUCGUCAGGCCUCAAGCAGCAUAAGCACAUCCACAGCAGUGUUAAACCUUUUAUCUGCCCUGAUGGGCUGCGUCUUUUUGCUCCCCCAGGUGAGGUGUGCCACAAAUCCUACACCCAGUUCUCCAACCUUUGCCGCCACAAACGUAUGCAUGCUGACUGCCGCACCCAGAUCAAGUGUAAGGACUGUGGGCAGUUGUUCAGCACUACCUCCUCCCUCAACAAACAUCGUCGCUUCUGUGAGGGCAAAAACCAUUAUGGCUCUCCAGCAGGGAUGUUCAACCCUGGCAUCCCCAUGAGCUCCAGCCCCAUCAUGGCCAAGGCCAAGUCUCACCAUCCUCACCUUGCAGGUCUAAACCAGUCAGGUUUAGGCUUCACUGACUACUUUCCCUCUCGACCUCACCCUCACGCUGGCUUGCCCUUUUCCACCGGACCUCAUGGCUUCCCAUCCCUCCCACAUGGUUUCCCAGGUAUCUUCCCCCCAUCAUUGUAUCCCCGACCACCUUUAUUGCCAGCCAGUUCAUUGAUAAAGAACCCUCUGGGUUGCAGCAGUCAGGAGGUGAAACUGCCCCGGAGUCCCCUAGAUGCCCCUCCUCUGUCCCUGGUUAGCUCCACAAACAGCAAUGGAGGCCACAGUUUGAGUCAGUUGGAAGACAAAGAGAAAGAGAACAAACUGGAUUUGUCUUCUAGUGGAGAAGCCAAGCCUAAAUCGAAGAUGGCAGACAUGUCUGAUUGUAGUGACCUUGAAGACGUUAAUACCACAAGUGGGACAGAUUUGGACACCACCACUGGUACUGCUUCAGGUGACGGUUCUGACCUGGAUAGUGAUGGAGAGAGUGAACGUGAGCGAAGUGGUAAAAGAAGGAAGCCGUCUGGGACUGUGUCAAGUCAAGAAGGUCACCAGAUAGAAGACACAAACAGUGCGUUGAUAUCAGCCGUGUCUUGUUCGGGGAACCUUGCUAUUGAUCGUCCCUUUCUCUCUUCUGCAUCAUCCCAGCACUCCUUCUUCCCUCCGCCUGAUGAGCAAGCCCUCCCGCCCACCACUGCAAAUGCCAAUUCAGCCACCACAGAUUCCAUUAAAGCCAUCGCCUCUAUUGCUGAGAAAUAUUUUGGUCCAGGUUUGAUUGGUCUUCAUCAGGAGAAAAAGAUGGGUCCACUGCCCUACCAUUCCAUGUUUCCCUUCCAGUUCCUGCCUAACUUCCACAACUCCCUCUAUCCCAUCGGCGCUGAUCGAGGGGCCCUCAAUCCUAGCAUGUUCUUUAAGGCAGAGCCCAAGUCACCUCGUGAGCAGCUGCACAAGAUGGUUUCUGGUGUACCAGGAGCUCCUGCUUCCACAGCAGAGUCACCAUUUGAUCUCACCACAAAGCCCAAGGACACCAAGGUAGCUCCUUCUACCCCAACAAACCCCUCAAACCCCAACAGUACUUCUGGGAGCAGUAGUGGAACUUUAGCAAUAUCAAGUGGUGAAGAACAGCCGUUGGACCUUAGCAUUGGCAGCCGGAACCGUGGUGGUCAUAAUGGUGUGGCAGCUGAGCCACAAAAUAGAAAAAACCACAUCUUUGGAAUUGGAAAGGGGGUCUCCAUCAAGGAUGAAACCCCAGCUGGGUUUCCACACCCUCAUUCCCAGUUACUGCACCAAUCCUCAAUGUCCCAGCACCAGCAGCCCCAGGCACAGCCACACCAGCCGCCACCCCUGCACUAUGCCAAGCCGUCAGCAUUCUUCAUGGACCCCAUAUACAGCAGGGUGGAGAAGAGGAAGCUACUCGACCCUGUAGGAGCUCUGAAGGAAAAGUUCCUCAGGCCCUCACCACCACUCUUCCAUCCACAGAUGUCAGCCAUGGAGAACAUGACAGAGAAGCUGGAGAGCUUUGGUGCUCUAAAACUAGACGCGCCACCCAAUUCACUGCAACACUCGGCUCAUCCACUGUUCAACUUCCGCUCACCGCCACCUUCCCUCUCAGAUGCCAUCCUCCGCAAGGGCAAGGAGCGUUACGCAUGCAGGUACUGCGGGAAAAUCUUCCCUCGUUCAGCAAACCUCACCAGACACUUGCGGACACACACAGGGGAACAACCCUACAGGUGUAAAUACUGUGACCGCUCAUUCAGCAUCUCAUCCAAUCUUCAACGCCACGUUCGCAACAUCCAUAACAAGGAGAAACCCUUCAAGUGUCACCUGUGCAACCGCUGCUUUGGUCAGCAAACCAACCUGGACCGCCAUCUCAAGAAGCACGAGCAUGAGAACAUUCCUGUGAGCCAACAGUCCGGGAUGCUUUCCAACCUAGGAACCACCAUCUCCUCCCCAAACUCCGAGCCAGACAAUCAUGCACUUUUAGAUGAGAAGGAGGACUCGUACUUCUCAGAAAUCCGCAAUUUCAUUUCAAACAGUGAGAUGAACCAGGCCUCCAGCUCCACGGAUAAGAGAUCAGACCAGGCAGAGGAGGAGGAGCAGCCACCAAGCCACAGUUUGUCCAACUCCAAACUAGGGCUCCAGGGCCUGGAGGAGGAGGAAGAGGAAGUGGAGGGCGACGAUGAAGAGGAGGAGGAAGGCAGCCUGACAGAGAAGUCUCACGACGAGGCGCCCGAGUCCCCGAGUCCCGUCACAACAGGAGUGUAUGAGGAGGACGAGGAGGAGGAAGAGACGGAGACGGCUCCUUUAGCUAUGAGCUAUGAACACACUCGCAGGCUUAUGCAAUGAUGCUGUCUCUCUCAGAGAACAACCCUUUGCACGCGCCCUCCCAGAACUCUCUGGAUGCUUGGCUGAGCAUGGGAGGUGGACCGUCUGAGACAAGCAGCUUUCACCCGCUCAACCACAUCUAGAUGAGAGAGAGAGAGAGGAAGAGAGAGAGAGGAAGAGUAGGAGAAACAUAAGUUUUGCAAAUGGGUAGAUACAAGAGACUGGUUGGACGUGAAUAUUGAGAAUAUGUGGAGACCGGAGAAGAAUUCAGUGUCACAUACAUUCAAGAUAGAAAGAAUAUAUUUGUGUGGAUAUGUGUGUUCAUUUGUGUGCGCGUGUUUGUGUGUGAGUGUGAGAGAGAAUGAGGAGGGAGAAUUUGCCCCUAUAGGUGAGGCGUCUCGCAAGACUCUAUCAAAGAGAAAGCACUGCUAAGCUCCUGUUGAUGUGAAGGACAUGAUGAAUGCUUCUCAACAGCAUUGACACUCUGCAUUUUUCCUCCAGUCCACAAGGCUCACCCCAGCACCACAGAGACCCUACGUAAGGCUCUCUUAAAGACACUUAAUGACGAGUAUGUCUCUAAAGUCUGUGUACACGGCCUACUACAAGCACUGCAGCAUCAGCACUGCAUUAGCACUGAGUGUCCACAAGGUGGUGGUGUUUCACUAGGAACAUAGUGGGCGCGUGCACUAUUGUCUCCAGGUUUCCGCCACCAAUCAUGGGCAACUCAUUUACUGAUCUUGUUUCAGUUAUAACUGCAGAAUCAACAUUAGCACCACACUAAAUGUUACUUGAGGAAAUGACAGUUCCAGUAGUUGGUUGAUUUUUUUGAGUGAUUACAUGGUGAAUGAUGUUCAAUGUUCAAAUGUGCACAGCAACUGGUGAUUUUAAUGAGUUAUGUGGGACACUAGCCAUUGUAACUGGUUACCCAAUUUGAUCAUGCUGAAAAUGAAUUUAAAUCAUACUCAAAGAAUGAGGAAAGUCUUUCUCUGCUUGUUUAUUUCAUCGUCAUUUGUUAAUUUUAUUUUAGUUUCUUUCCUCUUAGAUACCACAGUAUUGUUUCUUUGUAGGCACCACCGUGCUAAAUUGUUAAUAUAAUUAUUUUAGAGAAGGACCAAAAUCGUAUGAUAUUGUCAUAUGAUGUACAAAAUAACCUAGAUGUUCAUAGCAAGAGUGGUAUGUGCCAAAUAACCCAUAGAAAAUGUUUUGUUCUCUGACAAUCAUUUCAUUUCCAAGGGGCUUGCCUUUGCUGUCAUAGUUUGUUUGUUUUUUCUUACUACGCUCUUAUAAAUUUGAUUUCUGAA